UCUGUUCUUUUCAUAGGUUUAAAGAUGGCUUUGUUCAAUAGAAUUGGAAAUAUGCUUAAACAUAGUGUAAGCCGACACACGAACUUGGAAUUGUGUGCCUCUAGGACCUCACUUUACCAGGCUAUAAGAAGUAUGUCUUCUUCAAAGCUUUUUGUUGGAGGUCUCUCAUAUGGCACUGAUGAAACCUCUCUGCGAGAGGCAUUCUCCCAACAUGGUCAAGUGAUUGAAGCUAGAGUUAUUUUUGAUCGUGACACUGGGAGAUCCAGAGGGUUUGCUUUUGUCACUUAUACAUCUGCUGAAGAAGCAUCAAGUGCCCUGAGUGCCUUGGAUGGCCAGGACCUCCAAGGGAGACGGAUAAGGGUGAAUUAUGCCACAGAGAAGCGUCCUGGAGGAUUUGGGCGUGGUUCUGGUGGUGGAGGUGGAUUUAACUAUGGUGGGGGAGCUGGAGGUGCUGGAGGCUACUCAUCUGGAAAUUAUGGAGGUGGUGGUAACUACGGUAGCAACAACAGUUACCCUGCAGGUGGUAGCAACUAUGGUGGGGAUAGUUUUGGGGCUGGAUCUACUGGUGGGAGUAGUGGAAAUUACAACUCUGGUGUUUCCGGUGGUGGCAACUAUGGUGGGGAUAGUUUUGGGGCUGGAUCUGCUGGUGGGAGUAGUGGAAAUUACAACGCUGGUGUUUCCGGUAGUAAUGAUUUCUUCAACAACUCUGAAUUCGGUGGGAGCCCUGGGACCUCGCACAAUGGUAGUGAAGAACAGCUUAGUGCAGACCAAUCUGUAAACAAUGAUUCCACACCCGGUGCAGAAGGAAGCCACACAGAUGACAAUGAUGAGCCAAAUGACUAUGCCAACUCAAGGAGUUGAUAAUAUGCUAUUCAAGAACUACUUAGGCUUUGAUGAGUACAUGUUCACAACAUGUGUUAAAAGGCAAAGAAAGUAUAUUCGGAUUCAAGUAGGAUUGCUACUGGUUGCAUGCUUCAUCUAGUUUAAUAAAUCUGUAGGAUUAUACUGUACUCAUUUCAUAAUUUCUUCUUUCUUUUGAAAGUGUGUUUAUGUCAUGGAUCCUCUCCAAGUACUGAUUUUGUGCAAUGUAUAGUACUGAAUCUUUUUC